AUGUCUCGAGUCUUUAGAAUUAUAAUUCUUUUUGCUGUCGUAGUUCUCGUAGUAGACGGAGUCUUCAGAAGUAACUACCACUUUGAGAUUCUUUCAAACGGCAGUAAGUAAUACUAUUUUAGUUUUGUAAUUCAGGUUUUUAGCCUUGAUACGAGUAUUUGGUAGACGGCCUCCUCCCCUUGGUAUGCCCCUGCCCCUUCAUCGUUUUGUGGUUAAUUAAAUAACGUACAAUUUCACCAAUUUCACUUCGAUUAAUACUCUAUUCAAUACGCUGCACAAGAUAAUGUCGUUGCAUUAAUUUAACGUUGAUUUAUGCUUACCAAAGGCUUUAACAUAAUAAAAUUUGGAAGCAAAUGCCAACUUGUUCUUUGUCGUUCAAAACAUGGUUUUGAGAUAAGCUAGUUGGCCAGUUGCUUGCAGAAAUGGAGGGUUUGAAAGAUCUGGGUCAUUGCGCUAACCAGAGAUUGCCACGGCUCCGGAGCCGGCUCUUGGCUCCGGCUCUGAGCGGCUCCCGAGCCGAAAGUCGGAGCCAGGCUUCUCAGCGUUCAGAAGAGUAUAAUCAAAAUUUGGGGCUAAGGUAG